AUGUCCGAAUGCAUCGUGUGGAACAGUCAAACCGGAACACCCUAUGCCUCACACUGGUACCGCCUCGGAGAUCAGGAAUACUACGAAACGUCACCAUCUCCCUUCGCGUUCUGUCCGACUGAAAGGCACUGGGCCAUCGCAUCGCGCCACGACAUAACUGUCUUCCCUCUUCCGGUCGAGACUGCCUCGACAAGACCUACAGAUCAGUUUCAACCCGUAGGGCGCAUCGUCCUUCCUUUGGACUGCCUGGUUAUGAGACUCUUAUGGUCUCAGGACGGCACCCGGAUAUUCGCUCAAGAUUCGGCAGCGAAUGUCCACAUCUAUGAUGCUCUCGUACUCACGCACCUCCGUACCCUCGCACCCCCUCCCAUCUCAACGGCGACGUCCGGCGAUGUUCCCGGACGCUGGUUCCAUGGACGGCACACGGGCACUUUUGCGCUGUCGGCGGACGAGCGAUACCUCCUCUCCGACGUCGCACUGCCCUUCUCCCCCAACUCGAUCUGCGUCUGGACGCUCGCCGAUGGCUCCUGCGAGCCCCAUUUACUCCGAUACCAAGACGGCUCGACCCCAGAUAUCGCCAACGCGGACAUCUACGCGACCGCCCUCCGCCAGCACUCAGGCUCAAGUCCCGAACCAGAACGCCGCCCACACGUCGUCGUGAUAUGCAAAAAUGGCACCCUGCUCACCGCUACGGUCGGCGCGCCCGACGGAGCGGCGACCAUCCGACCUGCGGGGCUCCCCGCGGACCUCCAGUCGCUCGAAGCCGCGUCCUUCUCCUCCGACGGGACGCGCGUGUUGGUCUUCCACGCGAUGGGCCCCUCGGUUUCCCUCGUCCUGGACACGCUCACCGGCGCGACGAUCGCCUCCCUCGACGGCCGCCGCGGCCUCUCCCCCCAUACGGGCACUUUCGCGAGAGCGAAGUUGUCGAGCAACGGCCACGUUGUUGCGAUCAGAGACUCGGUGGGGUCGGAGUGGUGGCUCUGGAGGCUCGAGGACGGGACGCUGUGCAAAGUGCCUGGCCACGAGGGUAGACCGAAUGUGAGGAAAUGGACGCUAUCCCCGGACGCUUCGGUGGUCGGGUUCGCGACUGAAGCAGGAGAGGUGCUUUUUUCUGGAGUGUGGGGAACUUUAGAGACCCUCUUUUGGACCGGGAUAUUCGGUUCGACGAGCACGCAAAUCAUGGGAACCGUGCCUACUUGGUACGUGCGAGCCUGCGAAGCAACGCAGGCGGUCGGGCUGUCAAGGAAGGCGGUUGCGCUGAGAAGGAGAGGCGGGACAGGAUCCUGA